CUCUUUCUAAAGAACUGUCUAAAUGUGAAUAUAAGUUAGAAAAAGCUAAGGAGGCAUAUGAAAUGAUUAUUGAGAGAGCUGGAAUUGAAGCUACAGGAGGGUAUGUAGAAGGAAUUAAAUACGAGAAAGUGUACAGAACAUUAAAGAAAAAAUAACAUAGCACUUGCAAAGGCCAUCGGAAAAAUUCAACCAAAGUUAAAGAAAACAAAUACAAGAAGCUCUUUAGGGUCAUCGAAGCUCAAUUAGCAGUGGAAGUUCUAGCAGAAUGAGUCUCUCAAGCCAAGGUAGCUCCAGAUCCAGGAAGAAGAAGAAGAAGAAAAUAAAGUCUUUGAAGAAGUCAAAGUUUAUGAAUAGCAAUGCAAGUUUGAAGAAGUUUAAAAAUGUUUAA